UGACAGUGUAUAUACAUGUUUCCUGACACAAACCCGUGGCUGACAGCCCGCCCUCAGCGCGGAGACCCCGCCCUCCCUCAGCGCUCGAGACCCCACAGCAAUGGCGGCCGCUGUGGCGAUGGCGCCCGGCGGCGGCGGCGGCGGCGGCGACUUCUCGGACCUGCGGGAGAUCAAGAAGCAGCUGCUGAGCGUGGCGGAGCGGAGCCGCGAGCGGGGCCUGCAGCACAGCGGGAAAUGGAGGAUGCUCGUGACCUGGAUGCCUACACACUGGCCAAGUCUUACUUUGAUCUGAAGGAAUAUGACAGGGCUGCCUACUUUUUACGGGGCUGCAAGAGCCAGAAAGCUUACUUCUUGUACAUGUACUCCAGAUACCUGUCAGGGGAAAAGAAGAAGGAUGAUGAGACAGUGGAUAGUUUGGGACCUCUGGAAAAAGGACAGGUGAAAAAUGAAGCUCUACGAGAACUGAGAGUUGAGCUCAGCAAGAAGCACAAGGCACGGGAACUGGAUGGAUUUGGCCUUUAUCUGUAUGGUGUUGUGCUGCGGAAGCUGGACCUGGUGAAAGAAGCAAUAGAUGUGUUUGUUGAAGCUGCUCAUGUCUUGCCUUUGCACUGGGGAGCCUGGCUGGAACUUUGCAACCUAAUUACAGAUAAAGAGAUGUUGAAGUUCCUGUCCUUGCCAGAUACAUGGAUGAAAGAGUUCUUUCUUGCACACAUUUAUACAGAGCUACAGCUGAUAGAGGAGGCCCUGCAGAAGUAUCAGAGCCUCAUUGAUGCAGGAUUUUCCAAGAGCACUUACAUCAUCUCUCAGAUUGCAGUUGCCUACCACAAUAUUCGAGAUAUUGACAAAGCCUUAUCCAUCUUUAAUGAGCUACGGAAACAAGAUCCUUACAGGAUAGAAAACAUGGACACUUUCUCCAACUUGCUCUAUGUAAGGAGCAUGAAGCCUGAGCUGAGCUACCUGGCUCAUAAUCUCUGUGAGAUAGACAAGUACCGUGUUGAGACCUGCUGUGUCAUUGGAAAUUAUUAUAGCUUGCGUUCCCAGCAUGAAAAAGCAGCACUCUAUUUCCAAAGAGCCUUGAAACUGAAUCCUCGUUAUCUGGGAGCCUGGACACUUAUGGGACAUGAGUAUAUGGAAAUGAAGAAUACAUCUGCAGCUAUCCAGGCUUACAGACAUGCAAUAGAGGUGAACAAAAGGGACUACAGAGCGUGGUAUGGCUUGGGGCAAACCUAUGAAAUCCUCAAGAUGCCAUUUUAUUGUCUCUACUACUACAGACGGGCCCACCAGCUCAGACCGAACGAUUCUCGUAUGCUGGUUGCUCUAGGAGAAUGCUAUGAGAAACUCAAUCAGUUGGUGGAAGCUAAAAAGUGCUAUUGGAGGGCUUAUGCUGUGGGAGAUGUGGAGAAAAUGGCACUUGUGAAACUUUCCAAGCUGCACGAACAGCUGAAUGAAUCUGAACAGGCAGCUCAAUGCUACAUCAAAUACAUCCAGGAUAUCUAUUCCUGUGGGGAGAUAGUGGAGCACCUGGAGGUCAGCACUGCAUUCCGUUACCUGGCCCAGUACUACUUCAAGUGUAAGCUCUGGGAUGAAGCCUCAGCUUGUGCUCAGAAAUGCUGUGCCUUCAAUGAUACUAGAGAAGAGGGAAAGGCCCUGCUGCGGCAGAUCUUACAGCUUCGCAACCAAGGAGAAACAUCAUCCACAGAUGUUCCUGCUCCCUUGUUCCUCCCUGCGUCACUGUCGGCCAACAACACUCCCACCCGUCGUGUCUCCCCGCUCAAUCUGUCCUCUGUAACACCAUGAACAUGAACAGUGCUGAUACCUCUGACCUGUGCGUUGGAUGUGACACUGCAGAUGGGACGUGUAACCACUUCUUUCUAGGGAAAUUCCUCCUUUGGUUGCUGCCCUCCCAUGAAGGGCAGGAGUUGGCAGAGCUCACAGCUGAAGACAGAUAUGCCCCAAUAGGCAAAGGGGCAGCUGAUGUGAAAGGGCCUGUGCUGAGAAUGUGGGAACCUGCUCUGCUUCUCGCCACAUCAUUCCAGUUAGAGGGCAGACGUGUGCCAGUACACAGGACUGACUGAGGCAUUGGAAGGGGCUUGUCUGCUGAAGUGAAAGUACAUUUGAAGUUUGAUUCUGCCCCGUGACCUCUGGUCUUUACUGCAUUUCUUUGGAUGACCUCUUAGCGAUAUCACUGCUGUCCUCAUCAGAGACUGUUACCUGCUUGGCUACUUAAUGGCUUUGGCUUGUCUUGAACAACAUGGGAGAUGUUUCACUAAAGCAGUAGAAUAGGCACUUGUAUAGGUGCCAUGUCUAUGUUGAAGGAUUGACAAAUAUCAGAGGAGUCCCAAGUAGCCACAGGUGACAGCUGUCUGGUGUUCUGUCAGUGGAUCUGACAGAUAAUUUUGGCUUUCAGUAGAAAAGCAACCAGUGGGAUGGUACAAUUAAAAAACUAAAAAUAAGUUACUGUC